AUGAAGUUGAACCCCAAGAAAUGCAAGGAGAUGUUUGUAAAUUUUAUGACAAACCCGAAUAUAUUAAGUAGGGAUUUAGUCGUUUUUGGUACCCAAAUAGAAUCCGUUGAUGCGUACAAAUUGUUAGGUGUUAUGCUCGGAAGUAAUCUUAAAUGGAAUACGCAGGUUGACGACAAAACAAAAAAGGCGUGUAAAAGGUUGUAUGCAUUAAGAGUGCUAAAGAAGGCUGGAUUGCAGGAAAGGGAACUUGUUCUAGUGUAUAAGUCGAUGAUUCGACCUAUUCUAGAAUAUGCUGUUGAAGCCUGGUCUGACUUCCCACAGUAUCUAAGUGACAAGUUGGAAAGAGUACAGAAAAGAGCUCUCUGGAUUAUAUAUCCUGGUAGUGACUAUGGCGAAGCAUUAAAGAUCUCUAAAUUGGAAAGUCUUAAAGACAGGAGAGUAGACUUAUGUAAGAUCGUAUAUAAAUAA